UUCAUUCGAAUUGUGUGAAUUUGAAAAAGCACACCUAAAGUUCCAAUUUUAAAACUUUUUUUCUAACUUUAUAAAAGUUUAUCCAACCAAGUCAAAAUGUUCAAGUUGGUCCUAGCUCUUUCCCUCCUUGUUGCCGCCGCAUCGGCUGGAUAUGCUGGCUAUGCUGGAUACCCAUAUGGACAUUCAUAUGGACAUUCAUAUGCUGCUUCAUAUGCUGCCCCAUAUGCCUAUGGAGCUCACUAUGCUGCCGCCCCAGCUGUUGCUGCCUACCAUGCCCCCGCCGUAGUUAAGACCGUUGCUGCCGCCCCUGUGGCUUACCACGCACCCGUUGCCUACCACGCACCCGCCGUCGUUAAGACCGUAGCUGCUGCCCCCGUAGCCUACCAUGCCCCAGUUGUCAAGGCUGUGGCUGCUCCUGUUGCCUACCAUGCUCCUCUUGCCACAUCUUACGCCAACACCUACAAGGUGUCUGUUAAGGCUCCAGUUGCCUAUGCUGCUCCAGCUGUUGUUGCUCACCAUGCUCCCCUCGCCGUAGCCCACGCCCCAGUGUACAGCUCAGCCUACCACGCCCCAGCCCUGACUUAUGCUGCCCACGCUGCUCCCCUGACGGUCGCUCAUGGUUACUACCACUAAAUAGCUAUAUGUAUAUAUAUGGACUGGAGGCGCACAACAAUUUAAGAAAAAGAUCACAUAAGGAACCUCUUGAGAUAUCAUAAUUUAUUUUUGUAAUAUUGUGAAAACGCUCAUUUUUUGUUUAAAAAAAACUAACCAUCUGCUGACGGGUGAAACAUGAGAGGGUUUGUCGGGAGGAUUCAACUCCAAGAAAAAAGACGCCACAAACUCCAAUCACAACGAAAUGAGUUGCAAUGAAAAAAAAUCGUUGUAAAUAUAUUGCCAUUUUUUAUAUUAAAAGAAGACAGAAAAAAAGCCACAAAGAGAGUGAGGGAGAGUCUAGCAAUGGACUGAAAAAGUCUCCAUAAAAAAAUGCAUCGAUUGUACAAUGUACUUAGAAUGAUUACCAGAGAAGAUGAAAAAAAAAGAUAAAUAAAAUCGGUUCUCUUGCAGAAAA